AUGAUGAAGAAUUCAUCUGAUGAGGAUGGAGAAAAGGACAAAGGUUGUAUGGCACAUAUUGAUACAAUUGUCACUAUUGAAGGAAGCAGUGGUUCGAGCACUUUUAAAGCCGAACUAGCUAAAGCUGCUAAGGAUUCAAAAUUGCAGAACUGGGACUCCUCAUCCUUGUAUCAAGUAAACAAAUUUGUCACAUAUUCUGAUAACAAAAAGUAUAUGAUGUUUGAUUACUUAUUUCUUCAUCACUCAAAGGUUACUAAUCUAUCUCUUACUAAUGUUGAUCUUCACACCAAAAAGGAUAAAUCUGAGUUGCACACAAGUUACAAGGUAGUGAAUAUUUAUAAACAAAUUGAAACUGAACCUAAUUGUCUUUCUCUUAGCGAUCUUAGGGAAGAUUUUAAAUCCAUGUUCGCUAUCAAUUCUUUUAUAAAUCACUCUCUCACUGAUAAAAACUACACUACUAACACUGAUGGUGUCACUGUUUAUACUACUCGUUUAACCGCAUUGGAUCUCCCUGAUAGAAAUCUUGCCUUAAACAUUCCUACUCCAACCAUUGAAAUGUAUCUUAAAUUUCCUAUCUCAGAUGGUGAGUUCCACUCCACUCAUGAGAUUCUUAGUAACUCCUGCAACAACCCGAAAAUUUUAAACCCAACAAAGCCUAAACCCUAA